AUGUCUGACGGCAAUAAUGUGUGGGAGUCAGCUGACAGUGGGACGAAGGAUAAAGACGCAAGUGGAUUCUCUGAACAUGAACUCCUUGACAUCAUGUAUAAUACAUGUAACACCGCCAACACAGGAGAGGUAUUGGCCUCCACCAUCAUGGACUACCUGCAGACCAUGACGGCCCAGAGUCCGGAGCAGGACGGCCUGGCUGCCCUGCGACAGCUACUGGACCCUGACUGUCAGGACCCUCAUGUGAGCAGAGAGAGUUUCCACGCCACCAUGAGGGAGUGGAUCGCACAGUGCAGCCAAGACAGUGAGGGGAAAGACCUUUUAGGCACAGUGGCCGACUUGAAGCUCGCUCACCGCAAACUGAGUGAGCAGAACAGCGGCCUAUUGAGGACGGUGGCUCAAGGUGAAGAUGUAAACCUGCAGCUCACUCUGGAGGUCACUGAGAUGCGAGCAAAACUGGCCAGUGCUCAGGGGUCAGCAGUGAGAGCCAGGUCCCUGACAGAAGAACUGGAGGAGACCCGCUGGGCGUUCAAAGAGGCCCAGGACAGAGCCAGCCACACUCAGACCAGCUGCAACCAACUGGGUCUGCAGUCAGAGCUGGCGAGGUAUGACAGACACUGUAUCAGUCCUCAGAUUCUCUACAGUCGAGAUCCUCCAAACCGCUGCUCUCUGCAGAGCGAGAUGCAGGAUAUGCAGCAGCAGCAUCACAGAGAUCUGGAGGACAAAAGCCUCCCGUCCCUGCACACUAACAACGAUGAUAUUCAGAGCAUCAUCCACAGGAUUAGGUCUGCAGAAAUAGCUCAUCUUCUGCACAAUAAGUAUCCUGAGAGGGACUUUGCCCCUGUAGAAAGACAGGAGAGGCCUUUUCCUCAGCGCCAGCUGCAACAGGCGAGCAUCAUGCAGCAGCUUGUCAAUGUGCUGCAGGAGCUGGAGCUGAACAAGUGUGUGUGGGAGGAGAAAGGGGAGAAGGUGGAGGAGCGGUGGAGAGCCUCGGAGAAGGAGCCGACUCAGAUCCAGGAGGCCAAGAAGGUGGCUGUGGUGAACUGGUGGAAAGCCCGCAGUGUCGAGGGGACUAAGGCCCGGACGAAGGACACCCAGUCGGGCCAGGAGACCCCUGCAACUAAUGUUAAGCUCCAGCAAGCAGAGCAGAUGAUCCUUGAUAUGAGGGAGCAGGUUUGCCUCCUGCAAACCUCUCUAAUAUCUGCACAGGAGUGUGUCGCGGAGAAAAAGAACAGCAGUCUUCAGGUCCACAAGGGAACCAAUACCGAGAGAAAAGAACCAGACAGAGCUGUGAAGAAGGAUCAGAGGGAUGCCGCAGUGGCCACAGAUAUUACAAGUGGAGCCUCAGAGCAGGAGCAAACCCAGCUUCGGGUGACCACAGACGGCCUUCUGGAGACCCUGAGAAGGAUGGAGGCGAUGGUCAACAGCGCCCUGGAGACCGCCGAGCUGGUGAGAGAGAGCGAGCAGAGGGUGAGCCAGGUGAAAGUGAGGAUGGAGAGCAUCACUCAGAGGGUGGAGGAGGCUCUGGUACGAGCAGCCGACACUGACGAGCAGCUGGAUGUUCUGGAGGCCAGGAUCACAGAAAAAGAUCAGACUCAGUCUCCAUGUCUCAGUCUGCCAGCUGAUCCUGGAUCAGACGUCACAGGCUCUACCGCUGAGUCCGUUGUGGAGCCGGAAGAGGGAGACGCUCCUCCGUCUCCGCUCAUCCCAGAAGUCAGUGAGCCUCCACAGCGACCUAUGAAUGGUGACACGGGAGGAGGCAGCAACAGCUUCACGCUCCUGGAGGAGGAGAAACACGUCCUGGUGGGAUCUCCUCCUGAGCAAAGUGGUCCUAGCUUCGAGGAGUCCUGCUCCGUUGAGCCACCUUUUAUUUUCCCUCACACUCGCUCACGCCCCCCACUGCUCCACACCAUGCCCACACUGCCUGAGGAAGAGGAGGAUUCCCCCGAGGACCUGGACAGCUCGUCCAGCUCUCCCAGUACAUGUACACCAGGCAAAAUUCAAGCUGUUGUCAUGACCGCUCCCACCAUCGUCUACCCACAGCAGGCCACGAUUGUCCAACAAGAUGGACCACCUCUGGAGCAGACCAGGCCACACAGUCCCAGACCUCGCCUGGCCAGAAACUCCACCGGAGGACCCAUCACCACUGUCGACAGCACGGGUCAUGUGAUCGACCUGCUGAAGGAUCCGCUGCCGGAGCUGCAGCUCUCUGAGGAGGAUCGACAGAAGAACCUGGAGCUCCUCCAACAGGCCAAGAAGGUCAGCGACCGUUUCCUGACACGUCGCGGCCGCCGCUCCCUCACUGAUUUACCCUCAGGUCUUUCCCCAACUCUAACUCCAUCAUCCUCACCGUGUUCUUCUAGAAGCACUUCAUUGAUUGUUGCUCCUCAAACUGAGGCAAAAUAUGUAAACUCACAGUUAGUUGGGCAGCAUCUGGAAGUUCCUUCAGUGCGAGAUCAGCCUGACUUGACACAGGAUCAAGAGGGCAACAGACUAUUGGUGGACUGGAGGCCCUCCGAGAAGAGGAAAGUGUCCUCUGGGACUCUAACACCCCGUUUUGCUGUUCAGAAAGAGAACUGUGACCCUGCUGUCCCUAAAAGUCCUCCAGCAGUCGGUAAAGCGGACGAGGGACCUGGGCCAGGUCGAAACCCCAACCAGGCCCUGGCCACAGGGGUUGCCAAGCCCGUCCCUCGACCCCCUACUCAGCAGGCCCCCUGUACAGCAGAGAUCAAAACGAUUGGGGCCUUCCCUCCACUCAUGAGGGCCGUUUCAUGGGAUGUUGUCGGCACCCUCAAUUCUCGAAAUGGCGUCCCAACAGCAGAGGAUACCCUCUCAGACAAGCCCAGGGAUGCUGCCUUCAAGUCCUCAGGGUUCAAGGACCUCCCCGCUCAGCAGGGAGGUGCACAGAAACUGUCUAAAUUCAGAGAGGAGCACAAGCUGUUGCGUAACCAAAGCACAGUGGGAUCCAAGUUACCGGACUUGAGUGAAGCUGCCGAACAGGAAAGAGGAGCUCCACCUUCUCCAAACUCGACCAGUAGUGAGGAGGCAAAGGAGAAGUUGGACUCCAUGCCAAACAUUUCUGAUGUGAUGCUGAGAAAACUCAAACUCCACCGAGGUCUACCAGGCUGUGCACCCCCUCUGUCUGAAAAAGAAGUUGAGAACGCUUUUGUCCAGCUGUCACUGGCAUUUCGCAAUGACAACUACACUCUGGAGAUGCGGCUCAAACAGGCGGAGAGGGAGAGGAACCUGACUGAGGAAGACACGGAGAAAGAACUGGAAGAGUUCAAAGGAGCACUGAAGAUGACUUCGCCGCAGUGGCAGAAUUUGGAGCAGCGUGAGGCCUACCAGCGCCUCAUCGAGACGGUAGCCGUGCUGCACCGGCUGGCCACGCGGCUCUCCAGCAGAUCGGAGAUCGUCGGAGCAGUUCGACAGGAGAAACGUAUGAACAAGGCCACCGAGGUCAUGAUACAAUAUGUGGACAAUCUGAAGAGGACGUACGAGAAGGACCAUGCGGAGCUGACGGAGUUCAAGAAGCUGGCCAACCAGAACUCAAAUCGCUGUUACGGAGGGUCCAUAGACACUGGAGAUGAUGGAGUACCGCGGCCGUCAAGAUCGUUGUCCCUUACCCUGGGAAAGGCUCUGCCCAGACGGAGGGUGAGCGUAGCAGUGGUGCCGAAAUUUAACCUCCUUAACAUCCCGGGUCAGACCCCAGUCAUAGCCGGCCCGGGCCCGGGCCCCAACAUUGGACCCAUGGCUAGUGCUACUCUUCCUGCCCUGUGUGAAGCGAAUUAUGUGAAAGCCAACGCUCCCACAGAGGCGGCACGACCAGCAGCAGAAUGUGGAAAGAGUGUGUCGGAGCAGGAAAGGGUGCCAGCCAAGCCUCCAGUCAACAUAGAAGAGAUCAGAGCAGAGAUCAGAGCCGAGCUCAAGGCCAAGAUUGAGGAGGAGUCGUAUAAUAAAGGCUUACAAGAAGGACUGAAGCAAAGCAAAGUUCUCCAGGAGGAGAAGAAGGAGGCGGAGGACGCUGCAGAGAAGUUGCUGGAAUUGAAAAAUAAAGAUGAAGAGAGUGGAAAAAAGAGAAGGACAAGCAGGAGGAUGGAGGAGGUUCUGGUUCUUCUUGGUCGGUUUUGUCCCAAGAUUCCCCUGAGUCGGCGAAUUCUCUGGAUCGCCCUGACACUGUUUGUGGUGAUGUGUCUGGUUAUCAGUAUCUUUACAUUCUUCAGUGACUACUACAACAGACGAGAGGACACGUAAGCAGAGACGGACUUUAGUGCGAGGCAAGAGGAAGAUCCGUGGACUGAGUGUAGCAGAACAACCAAAGAACCCGGUUGCCCUCUGUCUCUGCCAGUUGACCAUAUCACCACACUCGGACUCACUUGAAUCCAUGGCCCUGACUCUCGAGGGCCAAAGACGUUUUGGGAAGCUUAAUGGAUAAUGUUGCCUUUGUUAUAGUUAACAGUUCAUUUUUAUUAAGUUAUAAUGUUUGUUUGGAUAAAAAAAUGUACAGAUAAUUUCUGUUUAGGAAAAAAAUAUAUAGUGCAUAUGUAUAUAUAUAUAUAUAAUAUAUAUAUAAGCUUAUUUUGGUUUGGGUAGUUCUUUUUAUAAAUAUGGCCUUUUCUGUUAAAUGCUGCAGUAGAAAAAGUGUAUAUUCAACGACACUCUAAUGUUAUAAGCAUAAUCUCUCAGGUCCAAUAGAUAAUAAAGCCCUAAGAGAUGUCAACUAAUAUUUAAAAAUAUAGAAUAUAAAGAAAUGUUUUUUUUAAUUUCUAUUAUGUGUAUUUAAAUACUUUCAAAUAGAAGCACAUUCCAAAGUAGUUCCUCAAGUGCAAUAUGUUGUUGCAGUCGAAGGUUCUUGUUUGUGCCAUUUUGUCUUCAGAGCACUGAGAGAUUUCUUCUUUUAUGAGAGCACUGAUUAGAUGGCAUUAGGCUUAUUUUUAUCCUCUUUGCACAUGUGUGCCAACCUUUGUUGUUAGUUUAUGUUUGUAGAUUUGAGGAUCUGCCACUUUACCUUUAUAAAUAAAGGUGCCUGAAAAGAUA